UAUUGGAGUUUAUUUUUGGCGUUUUCAAGAAGCUAAUCGUAUCGGUGAGUUAUUUGAACAAACCAAUGGAUAUGUUUAUAUAAAUUUACAACUUGCCAUUUAUGUCAAUGAUAUUUUAACAUUUCUUCUUGGUUUUUGUUUAUUUUUUGGAUUGAUAAGAUUUGUUCAUUUAUUUCGUUUUAAUCAACGCAUAUCAUUAUUUACACGAACACUUCAAUUUUGUGCCAAAGAACUUGUUUUAUUUUUCAUGAUGUUUGCUAUUAUAUACAUGUCCUAUUUAAGUUUAUUUUAUUUAUUAUUCGCAUCAAAAAUUUCUUCGUGUUCAAACUUAUUAAAAACUGCUCAAAUGCUUUUUGAAAUGACAUUAAUGAAAUUUAAUGCAAGAGAAUUAAUUCAAGCUGAUGCUUUUCUUGGUCCAUUUUGUUUUGCUUUAUUUAUUUUCUUAGUUGUUUUUGUUUGUUUGAGUAUGUUUCUAUCAAUUAUAAAUGAUAGUUUUCGUCAAGCAAAAGAAAUUCCAGUUGAAAAUCCAUUUAUUAUGUCUUUUAUGAUCAAGAAAUUUCUUCGAUGGACAGGAUUGAAAAAACCGAGUGAAUCAGAAAUUCAAGAAGAAAAAGAUUCCCGAGUACGUUCACAAUAUUUUCAUCCAAUGGACAAUUUUCGCGAUAGAAUUGAUCAAUUGUUAGAAGCAUUUGAUAAAAUUUAUGUCGAUCAACAGGCAGAAUUAUUAAGAUUAAAAAGAGCUGGAGUUUAG